GUGACCGGAAGCGGCCGCCCGAGGCGAGCGGAGGCGAUGGAGCCAGCCAAGAUGGCGUCCCCCAAGAGCGCGCCUAAAGACGCGCAGGUGAUGGCGCAGAUCCUGAAGGACAUGGGAAUCACGGAGUACGAGCCGCGCGUCAUCAACCAGAUGCUGGAGUUCGCCUACAGGUACGUGACAACUAUACUGGAAGAUGCAAAAAUUUACUCGAGCCAUGCAAAGAAGUCCAGCGUGGAUGCGGAUGACGUGAGGUUGGCCAUCCAAUGUCGCACAGACCAGUCGUUUACCUCCCCGCCUCCCAGAGACUUCUUGUUAGAUAUUGCCAGGCAGAAAAACCAGACGCCGUUGCCGUUGAUAAAGCCUUACUCCGGACCCAGGCUCCCUCCUGACAGAUACUGCUUGACAGCUCCCAACUACAGACUGAAGUCCUUGCAGAAGAAGGUCUCUUCCUCUGCAGGAAGAAUAACAGUCCCUCGCCUGAGCGUUGGCGCUGUGAGCAGCCGGCCCAGCACUCCUACCUUAGGCACCCCUUCAGCUCAAACAGUAUCCGUCUCGACAAAAGUGGGCACCCCGGUGUCGCUGACGGGGCAGAGGUUCACUGUGCAGAUCCCCUCCUCUCAGGCAGCCGUCAAGUCAGCCACGCCGACUACUCCCACAGUUCAGAAUGUUCUAAUUAAUCCUUCGUUAAUCGGCCCGAAGAACAUUCUUAUCACGACAAAUAUGGUGUCAUCACAGAAUACGUCUAAUGAAGCAAAUCCCAUGAAGAGGAAGCAUGAAGAUGAUGAUGACUACGAUAACUUGUGACGAGACUCUCCUGUCCCCUUCCCUUCUGCCGUGAUUCACCUUGAGUCCGAGGGGUUUGGCCGGGAGUUCUUUGUAACCAGCGUGAGGGCGUGUAAAUACUCUGUUGGGUGCGAAGUGAGAGAGAGAGAUCAUUGCCUGUGGAAGAAGGAAAAAGCAAUGGAUCUUUUCCUGUGUCCUGUAAUGUCUUUUGAGCUUCAGCAGCAGCACGGGUCGCUCUUACACACAGCGGUCGUCGCGUCUCUUCUGCCGCCUUGUUUCCGACAGCCGCGGGGGUGUCUCUCCAGCCGGGUGAGCCAGGUGCUUGUACAGCCCCCUGUGAGUAAAAAUGAUUUUUAGAAAACA